GAGAAACAUGUCAGAUCAGCCUUGGUACUCUGCUCUUUGCAAUUGUGAAGAGAAAAUUAUGCUAAUUAGCUAGGUGCAGAUGCAGAUGGCUAGGUGCAGAUGCUGAUUUGCUAGCCCUGAGAGAAACAUGUCAAAUCCUGAAAUCCCCAUCUUUGUUUUUAUUUGCUAAUGGCUAGGUGCAGAUGCUGAUUUGCUAGCCCUGAGAGAAACAUGUCAAAUCCUGAAAUCCCCAUCUUUGUUUUUAUUUGCUAAUGGCUAGGUGCAGAUGCUGAAUUCUUUUGCUAGAUGUACUAGUAGUUGGUAUAUUAUUAGACUAGCAUAAUCACAGGGAUGCUGGUACUAUUAGUUGUUGUACUAGGUGCAGAUGUUGAAUUCUUUUGCUAGACUUACUAGCCUUAUUCAGGAAAUGUGACUGCCAUCAAGAUGUUUUGGUAUAGAGUUAAUUUGAACAGAGUUCUGACUGUUAUAACAUCUAUGUACGUUGGUCAAUUUGGUCCCUUGUGCUAGCUGCAUAUACUGAUAAAGAAAGAGUAGUGCUAGUCUGCUGAAGGUGCCAUAUCCGUGUUAUUUUUUUUCUUUUUUUGAGAAAUAGCUGGUAGGAUUAAGAGCUUAGAACACUUGGACACUUUGCUAUCUUUUUAUUGUUCUUUGGUAGUUCCGAGUAUGCUAUUUGCACAUGAAUAUUAUUCUUCCCAUCCAAAUUAUAGUUUCAUGUGUGUUGUGUGCAUAAUUCUUAUUACUUGAUUUUUAAAUUGUAGCUCAACUUGCAAUAUGUCACAAUUGAGUUCCGAUGAGUUCGAAGAUGAUACCAUUGACCCAACAGAAAUUUUCUCUCUAGAAGAUUACUUGGCACAACAGAAUACUCUCAACAACUUUGCUACACAAAUAGCCACAAACAUUCAUCAUACACUAGAAGGUCCAAGUACUAGGCGUCAGUCAGCCCCUAGGACAUAUAUUGACAGGAAGAGAGAAUUUUACAAUGAACUUCUCAUAGCAGAUUACUUCUGUGAUAAUCCUACCUAUCCUGAUUACUACUUCCGUAGAAGGUUCCGCAUGGGAAAACCCCUCUUUCUACGCAUUGUUCAAGCUCUUGGUGAGUGGUCUCCCUACUUCACUCAAAGGGUAGAUGCCCUAGGCCGUCCAGGUCUAUCACCUUCACAGAAGUGCACAGCAGCCAUGCAUAUGUUGGCGUAUGGUGUUCCUGCUGACAAAACAGAUGACCAUAUAAGACUUGGUGCAUCUACGGCACUCGAGUCUCUUGAGAAAUUUGCUAAGGGGGUCAUUGCCAAGUUUGGUGGGGAAUAUUUGCGAAGGCCAACUGUUGAAGACAUUCAACGUCUACUAGAAAUUGGCGAAGCACGUGGUUUUCCUGGUAUGCUAGGAAGCAUAGACUGCAUGCAUUGGGAGUGGAAAAACUGUCCUGUUGGAUGGAAGGGGCAGUUUACACGUGGUGACUAUGGUGUCCCUACCAUCAUCCUUGAGGCUGUUGCAUCCCAUGAUCUAUGGAUAUGGCAUGCCUUCUUUGGUGUCCCAGGAUCCAACAAUGACAUCAAUGUGCUCAAUCAGUCGCCAUUGUUCACUGAAACAUUGCAAGGGAAUGCUCCUCGGGUAGACUACUAUGUCAAUGAGCAACAAUACAAGAAGGGAUAUUAUCUUGCAGAUGGAAUAUAUCCGGAGUGGGCUGUUUUUGUGAAAACCAUUCGGCUGCCUCAAACUGAAAACGACAAGUUAUUUGCGAAGAAACAAGAAGGUGCGAGAAAGGAUGUUGAACGUGCAUUUGGAGUUCUACAACAACGCUUCAAAAUUGUCGCAGAACCAUCACGGCUUUGGGAUCAAAUAGAUAUCUGCAACAUAAUGGAAGCAUGUGUGAUCAUGCACAACAUGAUACUUGAAGAUGAGAAGGGCGUGGAGUUACCCUUCGAUUUGAAUGAAGCUUUAGGAACAUCCACUGCUCUGCCGCCGACAGCGAUUAAUGGGGCUACACCUUUGUUCACCGACGUGAUUAGAAGAGAUGUUGAGAUACGUGACCGGUCCAUGCACAAUCGACUCAAGCAUGAUUUGGUUGAGCAUAUUUGGAAGAAAUUCGGUGAAGCUACAAACAACUAG